GGAGUUCAGUAGUGUCUGCAUGUUUCAAAAUUCAGAUUAUCCAGCACUUGUAUAUUUCUAUGAUGGAUAGAAUGUUUUCUGUAUGUUGGGAUUCUUUCGCUAAUGUAUUCACAGUACGCUGCCUCUGCUGUUACGGUGAAAGACAACAUUAAGAGAGUAAGAAGCGUCGACAGUUUUGAAAACCUUGAUACAUAUGAUGAUGAUUUGAUAGAAAGAGACAUUCAACUAACCGAAGGAGGUGUAAAGGUCAGAACAAAUCUUGUUCCCGAUGAAAAAGGAUUCAGAUUGUACUACCCAACCUACUUAGUAAAAUGUGGGAUAGAGGCCAUUAUAGAAGAUUCUGUCACCAAACGAUUCACGGCUGCGGAAUUACGAGUAUGGAAUUUCUUAAGUCGCAAUCAAAGUUAUGUGUAUGCCAAGAGAGACAACCAUACCACCCUAAUGGUGCUGUGGCUUGUGGGUCUCAUUGUUCGUUAUGCAAUAUUUUUGCCAUGCAGACUUGUUGUUUUCUUCUCCUCACUUUUCUUCACAUUGUUAAUAGGCGCUGUUUCUCAGCAGCUCCCUCCUUCACGGUUUAAAAGUUGGUUAGCUACCGAAGGAUUCCAAGCAGCUGUGCGACUUAAUUUGUGCUCAUUCUCGGCAGUUAUUCGUUUCCAUAACAGAGAAAACCGCCCUCGAGCAAAUACGAUAUGUGUUGCCAACCACACAACUCCGUUUGAUUGGUGCAUUUUGGCCUCUGACGUUACCUACGCUGUUGUUGGCCAAAAGCAUGGAGGAUUUUUUGGUUUUGUUGAACGGAUAAUCUCGUUUGCUGUACCUGCUAUUUGGUUUGAUCGAGAUGAAGUUUUAGAUCGUCUUUCUACAGCCAAAAAGUUGAAAAACCAUGCAGCUACUCCGAAUGCUGAACCCAUUCUCAUCUUUCCAGAAGGCACUUGUAUCAAUAAUACAUCAGUAAUGAAAUUCAAGAAAGGUUGCUUUGAAGUGGGAGCUGAAAUUCAUCCUGUUGCAAUCAGAUACAAUCCAUUAUUCGCUGACUGUUUUUGGAACAGUAACCUAGAUAGUUUACUCCAGUAUAGUUUCAAGAUAAUGACAUCAUGGGCUAUUAUGGUGGAUGUUUGGUAUCUACCACCGACCCGAAAGUCAGAUCAAGAAGAUUCGAUUGCAUUUGCGAAACGUGUACAGUAUAGUAUUGCACAAUGUGGUGGUAUGAUUGGAAUGGAUUGGGAUGGUGAAUUAAAACGCAACAAACCAAAAGAUACAUUGAAAUACGCACAACAAAAAUAUGUUAGUCAGUAUGUUAUAUCUGCCGAUUCCAAAUUAUCUUCUACAUGAUACAAAUUGAUCUAUCCUGCAUACGUAUAAAUUCCCAUCCAAAAAAAAGCUGUACAACUCUUUUUCUCUUUUUCUUCUAUUACAAGUUUGAUUUUACAUUCUCUGUUUCAUUGGUACCAAAGUGUUGCUGUUGUUUUUUAUUUUAUUAGCAAAACAAAACAAAAAAAAUUAUUAUUUUACAUUUGAAUUUGUAGUUAUAUUUUACAAUUGAUAUUUUUUCCUAAACAUAUAAAAAAACAAAUACAUUCCUUCUUAUCUAUUUUCUAGCAAACAAUUAAUAUCAGUCAUUUUCUAUGAUGGCUUUUUUGCACAAUUUCUUUUCAAGUUACAAAAAUUUAUAAUUCGUUUUUUUUUGCUCCUCUCUUGUAUAUCAAUCACUCUGUGGAUGACUACUGCUGUCAUAUCUUUUCAAACUGAACUCUGGUCACACUUAUUCCAUAGAUUUAUAUCUACACUGGUCUUUUGAUGUAUUAUUAUUUCACAAUUUCUCUAUCAGUCAGUCAGUCAAUCAAUCAAUCAAUCAUUCAUUCGGUCGUCUAAUCAGUACACAUCUUAAUGUUACACUAGUUUUACUAUUCCUUUCCAUUCUUUACUAUUAUUUUUACUGAUCACAUUUCCAUGUAUAGAGAGAAAGUGUUCAAUGGAGUUGAACAAUUUGUAACAAAUUUAUGUAAAAAUAAAUAAUCGUGUAUAUACUAAUACUAU